CCACUGCAGCUCCAGUCUUAAACCCUCUUCAACUUCACCUGUCAGGUUAAGCGCUUCACUCUGAAAUCAUGGCCAAGGACAUGACUCUGCUGUGGGGCUCCGGAUCUCCUCCCUGCUGGAGGAUAAUGAUCGUUCUGGAGGAGAAGAACCUGCAAGGAUACAACCAAAAACUGCUCUCCUUUGAGAAGGGAGAGCACAAGUCAAAGGAAGUCAUGGAGAUAAACCCCAGGGGUCAGCUUCCUGCCUUCAAAUGUGGGGAUGUACCCCUCAACGAGUCCUGUGCUGCAUGCUUCCAUCUGGAGUGCAAGUACAAGUCGCAGGGAACCAAGCUGAUCCCUGACUGCGAGGAUGAGAAAGCACUGAUAUUGCAGCGUGUGUUUGAGGUUAACGCGCUCACCGAGAAAUCAUCAAUUGUUCUCUACUACAACUGGAUAGUCCCAGAGGGAGAGAGACACGACUCUGCCGUUAAGAGAAACAAAGAAGCUCUGACUGCUGAGUUGAAGCUGUGGGAAGGAUAUCUGCAGAAGGCCUCGAGCGGUUUCAUCGUAGGAAAGAACUUUUCCUUGGCCGAUGUGAUUGUUUACCCAACCGUUGCCUAUCUCUUCCAAAACGGGCUUUCUGAACAGCGUUACCCCAAACUGGCAGAAUACUAUAAAGGUCUGAUGAACAGACCCAGCAUCAAAGCCAGCUGGCCUCCUACUUGGAAGAACGCACCGAAACAGGAAACACUGAAAGACAUCUGAGAUUCAGAGGCUCAUUUGUUACCACUCCUCGCACUGCACUAGUGAUUCAUAUUUUUUUUAAUUUAAUUUGUAACAAGAAAUGUGUGAGUAUUACUGUGCUGUUACCAAAAUAAGCAAUAAAAACUAAGUUUCAGUUUUA